UUUGGCUGUUUCGCUGGAUUCCCGUUCAACAAUCAUCGAUAAAACACACUGCAACCAACAACCACUUCACGCAACAUGUUCGAUGUCAGAGACAACAAAACAGCCCGCUUUAGACAUUGCCGAACAAUGGAUGUCGCAACGAACAUUUAGUUUAGCUUGAGAAUUCGUGGAAAGUGGUUGAGCGAGCGGAAUCUACGCGCGUUGUCAACGGGAAUAAGAAGAGUCACAACAACGGUUCGUUUACAGUGAUGAAGUUCAUUGAGGAGCUAUAACAAAUAACAUAAGAUAUUCAAGUGUGCAAAAAAUUUGUGAAAAUCUGAAAAUUUUGAAUGAAAAGAAAAUCUAAAACGGAAAUUGAAAAUAAAAUAUUGAAGCAAGUGCAAAUUAACCUAAUCGAAAUUGGAAUGUUUUGAAAUCGAUAAGAUAAGGAGUUAAUGUGCAAAAAAAUAAAACAUAUGGAUGCAGUGUAGUAAAAGUAUCGGAAAUACCUACGUAGUGAAUAAAAUAUUGAAAAAAAAAAUAUCUAAGUAAAAUAUUGAAAUAAUACCACAACAGUUAUAUUGGUGUUUGAUUAUGCUGAAGUAAAUGAGAAUUACAGCUGACGACGACUAUCUUAUCAGUGAAAUGAGUGAUAAAUUGUAAGAAAAAAAAAAAACCAGAAGCUACCUACCGGCUGAUUAAAAGCGGAAAUCCCCUUCAAGAAAAAUUUCAAAACUAAUUUUUUGAAAAUAAGCUCCAAUUGGAAAAUAUAUCCACUUUACAUUUUAAUAAUCAAAAAAUUGAAAAUAAUUUUGAAUGUCAAUUAUUUUUGAGUGAAUAUUGAAAAAAGUGCCAUAAAAAUAAAAAAAAAAUAAUUUCCUCAAGGAAAAUGUUUAAAUAACUCGAAAUAAAUAAAGAAAAAUAAGCAGUUGGAUUGGAAUUUUGAAUUUUCAAUAUCAUCGACGAACAUCAAGGAAUCCCCCACCCAAAUAUACCCCGGCAACCCCCCAAGUAACCACAAAAUCUUAUUAUGGAGGACGAACUACGUUGUCCCACAUGCAAACAGCUUUUUGCUAAUCCUGUUUUGUUGCCCUGCUUCCAUGCCCUGUGCCUGGGCUGUGCUUUGGAUAUACAGACACCCUAUACACCUGGUGCCAUUUUGGCCUCGGUUACGGGAGGCGGUGGUGGUUCAUCGUCCCUGAAUGGUGGUACCCUACACAGUGUUGCCGCCACAGUACAUCCCCAUCCAUCUGGUCUGGCUGCCGGUGGAGGACAUCAUUCACAUCCCCACAAUCACACACAUCCCUCGACGACCCGACACUCGUCCAACAGUUCAGCUGCCAGUACGGCCAGUUCAGCCACCGGCACCGAAUCCGUAACCUCAGAUCAAGAUCAGUCCGAUAAAGUCAGCAUCCUCAGUGAAGCCGAUUCGGGUGUUGUCUGCUGUUCGAACACCUCACGACCCGUGUCGUAUGCCGGUACUGGACACAUUACCAAUCUUCUACAGGGUGCUGCCUCAGCUCCACCAGGUGCUGCCUUCAGUCUCACCUGUCCACUUUGCCGUAAAAUUGUUUUCUUUGACGAGGGUGGUGUUCGCAAUUUACCACCCUACCGGGCCAUGGAAUCCAUUGUGGAUCGUUUCUGUGCCCGUGAGGCGUUGCGUUGUCAAAUGUGUGAAACAGAUCCCAAGGUCGCUUCGUUGGUGUGUGAACAGUGUGAAAUACGUUAUUGCGAUGCCUGCCGGGAGCUAUGUCAUCCGGCUCGUGGCCCAUUGGCCAAACAUAAUUUGGUCAAACCCAAGGGAGCGGCCCAACAACGCGAAUCAGUGUGCGGCGAACAUGAGGAGGUCCUGUCAAUGUAUUGUCUCACCUGUAAGAUCCCAGCCUGUGCUGAGUGCAUCAACGAUCAGCGUCAUCCACAACAUGAAGUCCAGCCGAUCACCACGACAUGCAAGGCACAAAAGAGUUCAUAUUACGGCUCCGAUAGGUAG